CGUUCCGAGUGUCACUGUGCCCUAGAGUUUUCUACUCGUCGAAAGCGGCGUCUACGCCUGCUUGCCAAAGCCCAUCGUCUGUCUUCAGGCCGUCCCAGCUAUGUCUCGGCAUACUUCUGUAGCCUGUAUGCCUCUGCUUCUGCUUGCCUUAGCCAUCCCGGCUUCUGCUCAUGAACAUCAUAAUGAGCUUUCGGAGGAACAAGCAGCAGCUCCUAUAGACACCAUUCUGUGGCUCCAUAUAUUUGUGCAAACCGCCGUAUGGGGUGUGUUGUUUCCGACCGGAAUGGUUCUGGGACUGUCUCGAAGUCGUUGGCAUGUUCCCUUGCAGAGCGUAGGCUUUGCUCUUACUGCUGCGGGCUAUGUGCUAGGGCAUUCCCACAAAGGCAGAGCAUUCCUUGCAGGCAUUCACGGCACGAUGGCCAACGUCAUGUUCAUCCCAAUCGCCCUUCAACUCACCCUCGGUAUCUACCUCAAACUACACAUACAUGAGCGGAGCCUGCGUCCUUGGGCUGUUCGUCUGCACGGUGUAGUGGGCAAGGCCUACCCCAUACUCGGAUGGACGCAGAUGCUCUUCGGCGCCAUCACAGUUAGAGGCUACUGUCGAGGUGACAACCUCGGCCAAUGCCUAGCUCACUAUAUAAUGGGAAGUGGCUUCAUCGCAUAUGGCACCAUAAUGGCCAUACUUCUUCUCGUCGGCGAGGCGUGGAUUAGGCGAAGCGGCCGUAGUCCAGAAUGGUGGGACUCGUGGGUUAUCAUGCUGUGGGGCAUCGUCAACACCUUCACCGAACACCGGGGCGCCGUAUGGUCCGUCAAAGACAUGCAGCAUACCAUUCUCGGCGUGCUCUGGUGGACUGGAGGUGCAUUGGGUGUCUUCUUAUCGCGCAACAAUCAGCGAUCUGUCGUUCCGUCAUUGAUCAUCAUCCUGACCGGCUGGGCGAUGUCCGAGCAUGCGCAAGCUCUGAUGCUCUCUACUAAGGUUCAUGCAAUGUUCGGACACACUCUGAUGCUUGCUGGUCUUACGCGGAUCGUUGAAGUCUCUUUUAUCGCGCCUAAAUAUGCGCCUCUGGAAGUUUCCGACGGAGAUAGCCACAGUGAUCACACCCUCACGGAUACAGGUAGAGAAGAAAUGUCCACCGGUUUCGGUGCUGCCGGGCGUGCGUUCAGACAUCUGCCCUCGUUCUUACUCGUAGCUGCCGGAUUGCUUUUCAUGUCAGCAACAGACGAAGAGCUAGACUUCGUCCAUGAUCUCGACAUGGACCACGUCACCUAUGUUCUCAUAAUGUUUAGCGUGGCAUUCCUACUAUACACGCUGAUCGUCACCCUCAUCAACCUAUACGCCACGAGUGGUAGAAAUGCUAUUGCGGCUGCAGCAGACAACGGCAUCGAGAUGGCUCCCGCCUCGAAAUGGUACGCUCGCGUCCCUGUUGCGGACGUCGACGCGGAACCUGCCCAUGUCAUCGGCGAUGAUGAAUGACGGUCUGGGCUCUUCAAUUGUUGUAUCAUGUGGCAGGUGAACGUGUUGUUUGAACUGUUGUGAUUGUAUACGUGCAUUUAAUAGCCAUUGGGGAGUGUAUGCGAUCUGGAAUCAUCACAUGUCUGCAUUUCAGAGGGGUUCAUGUGUAUUGAUGACAGGCCAGUGACAUCCUGACAGGCGGCUGAUGUAGCGUUGUAAAUGAUCUCCACGUAAUCCAACCCCAGUUC